UGUGGUUUACUGCCUCCAUCCCCCGUCACCUGUAUCUGUACCUUUAGACUUAGUGAGAUAGCAAAAAUAUCCAAAUAGGCCAAAAAAUUGUGGCAAUGUUCUCUAACUCAAGAAAAUUCUGUGUGUUUCCUCCAAUGGCCAAGGGAAUGCUUGUGAAACUAUAAAAGUUAGUCUCAGUACUCAAAGCUCAGACUAGCUAUUCCCAGAUCUCAUCCGGUACAUCUGGUCCAUUCAUAAAGGGCUCUUAAUCAGCCAAGUGGUUUACUAAAAAAGACAAUUCACAUACAUAUAAUUCUCUUAAAAAUUUUAUGCUUCAAGGGAGUGCAAAUAGAAGAAAAUCUGUACUCCUCAUUCUCUGAAAAUUGCUGUUGUCUCUUGCAGUUAUGAAGAAGGUAACUGAAGAGUCUAUUUCCUGGAAUGAAUCAACAAGUGAAACAAAUAACUCCAUGGUGACUGAAUUCAUUUUUCUGGGUCUCUCUGAUUCUCAGGAACUCCAGAUUUUCCUAUUUGUGUUGUUUUUUGUAUUCUAUGGAGGAAUCGUGUUUGGAAACCUUCUUAUUGUCAUAACAGUGGUAUCUGACUCUCACCUUCACUCUCCCAUGUACUUCCUGCUAGCCAAUCUUUCACUCAUUGAUCUGUCUUUGUCUUCUGUCACAGCCCCCAAGAUGAUUACUGACUUUUUCAGGGAGUGCAAAGUCAUCUCUUUCAAGGGCUGCCUUGUUCAGAUAUUUCUCCUUCACUUCUUUGGUGGCAGUGAGUUGGUGAUCCUCAUAGCCAUGGCCUUUGACAGAUAUGUAGCAAUAUGCAAACCUCUACACUAUACCACAAUUAUAUGUGGCAACACAUGUGUCAGUAUUGUGGCUGUUGCAUGGGGAAUUGGCUUUCUCCAUUCAGUGAGCCAGUUGGCCUUUGCAGUGCACUUACCCUUCUGUGGUCCCAAUGAGGUCGAUAGCUUUUAUUGUGACCUUCCUAGGGUAAUCAAACUUGCCUGUACAGAUACCUACAGGCUAGAUAUUAUGGUCAUUGCUAACAGCGGUGUGCUCACUGUGUGUUCUUUUGCUCUAAUCAUCUCAUACACUAUCAUCCUAAUGACCAUCCAGCGCCACCCUUCAGAUAGGUCAUCCAAGGCUCUGUCCACUUUGACUGCUCACAUCACAGUAGUUCUUUUGUUCUUUGGACCAUGUGUCUUUAUUUAUGCCUGGCCAUUUCCCAUCAAGUCAUUAGAUAAAUUCCUUGCUGUAUUUUAUUCUGUGAUCACCCCUCUCUUGAACCCAAUUAUAUACACACUAAGGAACAAAGACAUGAAGACUGCAAUAAGACGGCUAAGAAAAUGGGAAGUACAUUCUAGUGUAAAGUCUUAGAUCUUAUAUAAUUGUGAGAUUCAUCUCAGAUGACAUAAAAUAUAGUGAAGUUGGUAAGUUAGUAAAGCUCAUGAAAACUGUGCCUUCUAUUCCCUAUUAAUACUUAAAUUAAUAAUUUAAUGAUAGCCUAGGAGCUUUCACAUACAUUGCCUCAAUUUAUCUUUCAACAACUUGAGUGUUAUAUUUUAG